AUGUCAAGCGCAGGCUUCGAGGACCAAGUGCCCAUUCAAACACCCCUCUGCAAGAAGAAUUUUCGAAAGUAUGCACGGCGUCAGAUAGAACUGGAGGUUGAAGCAGAUAACGCUGUAAAACCCGAGAAGGAAACCGAGAAGCCUCCACAGCCAACCCGGAUUCAGCCAAGACGAGUCGCAAAGGACAAACACUUACGGACCAAGAUGGAGACCAAGAAAAGAAAUGCCGAAGAGGCCUUCAAUGAGUCAAAGAGGAAAAAUACACGGACAGAGGAUGAGCUUGAAGACGACGACCCGUGGACUUCGUUUGCGAUUUCACUGGACCAGAUGGAAACCCGAUCUCUGCGUCAAUGA